GCGUUUUCGGAAAAUGUCAAUAAAAAAUUGUUAAAUUACGAAGAUGCACGAAGAAAUAGCAAGGUUUGUUGGCCGGUAGGCCCUAAUAAAGCAGCCCGGAUCUGUAAGAUGGUGAUCAGUGCCAUGUUGUCACUGUAUGUCAGUGCAUAAAAUUAGUGUGGUAAUAUUUUAUCGGUUUGUAUUCAUAUCCAAGUACAAAAAUAGAAAUGGACGGCGUUCAUAAGCUGUUAACCCAUGAAGAUUGUACGAAAAUUAUACAAGCCAAAUUGGGUACAAACGAUGUCAAGGUGCUAUCACAUAGAAUUAAGCCAUUCUCGGACGAAGUUAAGGGACUUAUGGGUCAGCAUUAUCGGGUUGAAAUCGACUACGAAGAAGAAAUUUCAAAAACUGAACAAUUCUUCAUGAAGAUACUAAACGGAAGUUUGAAAACGUUGUUCGAUAUGUGUAUGUCUGCUAACGCUUACGAAAAGGAAGAGUUCAUUUACGUUACGUAUUUAACAGAGUUAAAGAAGUUUAAUAUAGAGUUGGACUGCUUACCGCGUUGCUUCCUUUGUAGGCCUUACGUAACAGUGCUGGAGGAUCUUUCUGUGAAAGGUUACUCGGAAGUUCCCAACGACAAUAUGGAUCUCGACACUUGCAAGAUAGCUUUAGAAAGCAUUGCCAAACUCCACGGAUCGGGAAUUUUAUACGAAGCGUAUAAGACUCAAGUUCAGGGCAGCCGAUACCGUUUGAUCGAUAAUUACCCCAGCGUGCUCAGGAACGUUUUCCUUAGCAAGGAUGACAAUAUACCCAAGGUGUGGUUUAGGAAAUCGUUAGAAGGCGUAUACGAGCUAAUACGCAUUCUUCCCGAGAACCACAUGAAAAACGAGAUUUAUGAAGCUAAAUUAAGGGAGUACGUAAGUCGGCUGGACGUGAUAAGUGCAAGCUUUGAUAAUCACCUGUGCACGGUUCUGCACGGAGAUCUUUGGCAAAACAAUUUUCUGUUUAAGUACUACGAUAGAAAACCGUGCCAUAACGUUUUGCUCGAUUUCCAGUUGAUAGCGUAUGGACCGCCGAGUUCAGAUGUUUUGCAUUUCAUAUUCCAUAACACCAGAAAAUCCUUUCGUGAUGUAAAUAUGCAGAUCUUAAUUGACUAUUAUUACGAGUGUGUUAAACGCUAUUUAUGUCAACAUCAUUUUCCCGAUGUCCCCACGAAAGAUCAGAUUUUAUUGUUAACCAAAGAUGUACAGGUGCUAGUAAAACUUUUGUGUCUCCUAGAUCGCGCUGUAACAAUAAUACCAUGUGACGUACCAGCAUCGACUUUCGAUAAUGAUGAAGAGUUCAGAAAGUAUUUAUUUGACGAGAGAGCGACCUAUCUGGUUAAUUCCUACCGAGCGGAUGAUGCAUUUAGGGAAAUCAUUGAAGAAGACCUGUUAGAGCUUAGGAAUUUAUUAUGUAGUGGGUGUUAGAGGUUUUUAAAGAAAUUUUCCAUUUCAGUUCUGUACACCUACUCAUUUAAUUGAAGCACGUAAAUUUUUCUUAUCAAAGACAGUAUUAUUACUUGUUUUAUGGAAUCUUGUAUUCAAUUUUACAUAAAGUUAUUAAUUAAGGAAACAUGCUUUCAACUGCCAUUGCCACCAAUGAUAAGGCAUUUUAGUUGUAGAAGUUGUCACUUGCAUACUUGUGAGUGUGCCAUGGUGGAUGCAUAAAUCCAAAACUGCCUCGCGGCGAUUAUUCUUUUGGUUAAUUAGAAUUUAAGUUAGUUGUAUCACGAUCAACACAAAACAAUAAACGUUUUAAUGGUA